AUGAAUUUCUUCACCUCUAGAGUCCUCUCGAUAGGACGCCAGGUCAUUGCCCAGAGGCCAGCCCUCUUCACACAACGAGCGCCUUACUCCGCGGCUGCCACAUCUUCAACGAAUACCUUCAAAACACACGUCUCAUACAAGCCCAAUCCUCUCCAACACCCGGUCAACCCCAAUAGGAAGAACAAAAUUCCAUACAAGGAUCGUCAACUCAAGCAACCAUUCGUCCCUCCAGCAGCAAUCAAAAACCUCGACAAACUCGGCGCAACCCUUCGCUACGUUGUUCGACGGACGCCAUCCUCCCAACUACCUGUAUACCGCAAGUGGAUGUCCGGUGGCAACCGCAUGAUCGUUAUCAUUAAAAAGAUUGAUGGAGACCGCUCCAAGUUUAUCCAGGAUUUGUCUAGGGACUUGGAGAUUAAGCCAGUGGAUAUUCGAUUGAAUCCUACAACACAACACGUGGAGAUCAAGGGUCAUGUCUACGAUAAGGUAGUUGAGUGGAUCCUGAAGACCGGCUUUUGA